AUGGCGAAGACAAGACCCGAGAUUGACUUCUUUUUGAAACUGGAAAAGAGACUCUAUCCAUGGGUCCAAUAUGGUCGAGUGUCGUCUUUCUCACUUCAUAGGACAUACAAGGGCAGAGGGAUUGUGUACUGUGCAGGCAAUGGGCAGUUCGAGUUUGUGGUUACAUCUAUUCAGGCGAUUAGAAGCAGGCUCAAAUCAACCCUACCUAUCCAAGUCUUUUAUAUAGGAGAUGGCGAUUUAUCAGAAGAACGCCGGAAAUAUCUAAGGGAAAUGACAUCCGAUAUAGAAGUGUUGGAUGUGACACAGUUCUUAGAUAAUGAUUAUAUGCAGCUCGCGGGAUGGUCCAUCAAACCUUUUGCGAUGCUGGCUUCAAGCUUUGAAGAAGUCAUGUUUGUCGAUGCAGACGCCUACUUUUUGCAGGAUCCUGCGGUUCUCUAUAAUGAUCCAGGCUAUCAGGCGACAGGUGCACUGUUCUUUUAUGAUAGGACACUCUUCCCUGAUUGGCGUGACGGACCCAACUUUAUCAAAUCCAUGCUCCCAAUCAUGUCCUCAUUCCCACCAAAAUCUCGUAUGCUGAACCUUCUCUCAGCUCAUGAGCAGGAGUCUGGCGUUGUAUUGAUCAACAAAAGGAAACGAUUCACAGGAUUGCUUGCCAUUUGCAAAAUGAAUGGCAAAUGGGAGCGUGAUCUAUACACAUACAGGGUUUUCCAUGGUGAUAAAGCAGAAAGCUUUUGGAUUGGCAUGGAAAUGGUUCAGGAGCCUUAUACAUUCAUGCGCACCUAUGGUAGUGCCAUUGGAGAGCUUCGACCUGACAAUGACAAAUCCGUCUGUGGAGCACAACUGCACUUGGACCACUUGGGCCGACCGUUAUGGUGGAAUGGUGGAUUGUACAGAAAUAAGAAUGCAAACGUGAACAGGAAUCUGGAUUUUGGAUACUGGAUGAGUGGUGGAGGACAUCAGAAGCACAGAGAAUAUUUCACACGAGACAAAGAGACCAUGAUCAAGGUUUUAAUAGAGGAGGGUCUUAGUUCGAGUGACCAGCUGAAGCUAGAGCCCAGGGAUGGGGAUUGGGACUUUCAAGAAAGUUGCUUGGCAGGUGCGCCGGUGCAGAAGCUCACAGAAAGAGAAAAGACUUUGGCAAAUGGCUACAUCCAAAUUGAUAACAUUGCAAGAGCGGAUGGCCAAAAGUUGAUAAGGGGUGAACGUCCAGAUCCCAAGGCGCACAAUUGGGAGACAGCAACUGCCUGA